UUUUCAAAGCUAGUAAAACGUAAAGUGCUUUCAUUGGUGGAGCAAAACGGAAAAAACUCUUCAAAUUCUGAUCAUAUUGUGAAGGACUAAAUUCACUGAAACGACAGAAUUGAAGUUCGCAUUUGCCGAAAGAUCAAGGAUGUUGCUAAGGGUCGCAGUCCUAGUAGCGAUCCUUGGGGUAUCCAUUGUUGAAUGUGCAUCUAUUGACAAGGUAUCAAGUAUUGCACUGAAUCGAAAUGUCCGCAGCCUAGACAAUUUUCGAAAGAUGAUUGGAUGUCAUACGGGCAACUCUGCAUUUGAUUACAUCGACUAUGGCUGUUGGUGUGGAUUAGGGGGCAACGGGAGCCCUUUGGACGAAACGGACGAGUGCUGCUAUAUCCAUGACAAGUGUUAUGACGAUAUAAUCGCGAGAAGCACGUGCGGAUAUUCCUUCCAAGUUUACUUCCGGGACUACAAACACAGCUGCACUCGUUGUGAGCCGUUGAGCAGUUACCCAAGCGAUGACUAUUACAGAGAGUGCCGUGUAGACCUGUGCAAAUGUGAUAGCGAGGCGGCCAAAUGCUUCAAACAAGCCAGGUUCAACCCAGACCUCGAGGAUUAUGACAACUCGAAGUGUAAAAACACCAAAGCCUAGAGACGGGCUUUCAGGCAAAGGAUAACCGAACAGGACUUGACAAUCUAACCUGGUAGUGCCGAGGACAUCCCUGUGGAGCUGGACCGUAACAGGGCUCACAGCUUGUUUUUUUUUGUUUUUUUUGCAGGUUAUUGAGGGCGAAUUAAAAAGAAACUCGCAAUAAUGUGUUCUAAGUUUCCAAGAGUAAAAAAAAAAUAUUUUAUAGCUAACAAGCUAUAAACAAAUGCACGAA